AUGGCCCGUCAACUUGGUGUGUUUCCUCCUGUCGAAAGACAAGCCGUGGUAGAACAGACAAUGCAAGCAUACUCAAGCGAUCCCGAUAUUCAGGAACCAUCAGACCUACAGCUCAGCGAGCCGGCCCUUCUCUCAGGCCGACCAACGACUGCACAAACGGGACCUUUGAAUAAACUGCCUCUCGAGUUGCUCUACAACAUAGUGGGAUACUUGCUCGUUAGAGAAACCGCCUGCCUCUCACUCACAUGUCACGACCUAUAUCGAAACAAACACUUGCAGCAGAUCUGGAAACCUGACCUUCGAGGACCUGUGCGCUGGCCAGUCAAUCACAUGAUGAUGUCGUCUCCGAUCCCGUAUCCUCAACUUGAUGACCACCUUCGCUUCAUCAUGCUCUUGUGGAUGGAUCUUCCGAAUCACUCAUUAUGUCGCAGGUGUUAUCGUUUCUACACGAAAGAUCGUCCACUACGCGGCUGGUUACACUGUCGACGCUGCCACAUGAUAGAUCUCUCCGUUCAUCGAAUACAGGUAGUUCCGGGCGAAUUCUUGCCUGAUUGGUGCAUGAGAGCUGUGUGGGAUUAUAUUGCGUACAGCUCAGUCCAAGACAAAUUCCUGGAUUGCCUCACGUUUCAAAAAGAUUGGCGGACUGGUUAUGACAAGAGCGGGAACAUACCAGCAACAUUCUGGAUUCGGUACACGAUCGAGAUAGAGAUCAUAGGAGGGCUACCCGUGAUACAUGCUUGUCAACGUUUGUUAUACACUUCGGAACACAGACGAAACCCGAAGACAGACGCUCUAAGCAACCAGUUUUUGGCCCUCAGAGCAGCACGAAUCCUUCGCAUCUGUGAGGAUGAAUACCACCAUCCAUUGAACGAUGAUCAGAGGAUCGAAACGAGAGCGUCUGAUCUCAUCAAGCUCAUGACCGUCCCGGCUUGGACCGUCCCGGCUUGGACCGUCCCAGCUUGGAAAAGGACCACGGAGACACGAAAAUGUAGCCUGUGUCCCAGGGAGUACAAAUGGACAGUCUACAGACACGGGACCGACACAACCGAAAUCGUGCUGGAUACCUGGAAGAUAUUUAGCACGCAUUUGGCGAAAACAUUGCCAGUCGAAUCUCUCAACCGGUAUAGCGCUCAAUCGUUUCUUGAAAGUAAUGCAAGCAACAUCGACAACACUGCAUUCGUUGCCACUGCACAACAACCGCCACCGGAAGUUACAAGGUCAGCCGUCAGAUACACAGACAUGUCCAAAGCUAAUGUGAUAUACAGCUUUGGUUAUAGAGCUCUGCGAGCUUUGAAGAGGACCUCGCUGUGGAUAUGGCUGAGAAACAAGAAACGAAAGACCUAUAUCAAGUAG